GUGGGAGGUUUCUUUCCACCUCAGCUGAGCAGCGUCUCCUAUUUCAAAGCGGAACUCAAGUUGACUUUGAGGCUGAGUUCGUGUUUCCACACGAGCAGAUAAUUUCGAUUAUCGUCGUUACGUAGCGGAGAUGGCAGCCCUCCGAACGGUGAGUUUAUUGAUUUGUCCCGUGCCUGUGUGCUGUGGAUUAUCUGUUUGUAUCACUGUCGUGGUAAAUGAUUCACGCAAAUGAGAGAUAACUCUGCCGAUAAAGACGGGGAGAGAUAACGAUUGUUGACUCAGGGCUGGUUUACACAGUGUCAGGACCGAAGAUGGCAAAACAAUACAGCAUGGGAAGGUCAUCACACCAAAACCAAUGCCGAAAAAUUGUCACUAAAAUACAUUUACUUUAUGUCUUUUAAUUCAAACACAGAUGAUAAGAAACCAAUUCAGACGCAUUUCUUUAUGUUUUAUAACGCCUUCGGCGUCGACGUUGUCUUCAAAAUGGACUUUAGACUUUGGAUUUUACGUAAUUCGUUUUUUUCCUUCGAAGUAGCCAAAUGUUAUCUUUUUCGCAACCACACAAUGAAAGCUGAUAUGGAAACCAGAUUGGCGAAUUAAUAUGUAGCUGAAUUAAAUAGAGAAACAAUUCGAAACGAAUUAAUUUGUUCCCAUGCAGCUGUUUGAAUUUUAUACAAGAUAUAGUCUCGUUUGCAUAUUUGUUACAAGGAGUUUAGCAUGAGGUUUAAAUGCAGCUCCAUUCCCUCUAAAUACCGACUAUGCCAACUGAAAUACCUAUGUGCUUCCAGCCCAUAAUGCUACCACUUAAUUAAAUAAGUUGUAAAGAUAGUUAUGUUGCUGCAGACUUACAGUUGAAUGUUAAAGAUAUGCUCAAAUGCAAGCCACCUUUUGAUAUCUUACACACAAAACCAGAGGUAUAAAAUGGCUCAUGCAUCAGAUGCACCCGUGCAUUCCACUGAUGCCAAAAAUGAAACUCAUAAACCUAUACAUGCUUAGAGUAUGUUUGCAAUGGUAGCAAACCUUGCAUCAUCCAUUCAUAAAAAGCGCGCACAGGGGCGUGGUGCAACUUUUUAACAUGUGGCAUGCGUGUUAGCGGACCUGAUUAAUAUCAAGUAAAAUCUUAACACGUGGGAAAUGUAAACUGUCUGUGCUAUUGCCCCCCCGGUGAGAUUAAUGAUUCGAUGAUUACAUUUACGCCCCUCCCCCUAAUAAAAUGAUAGAGUUAAACAUUACAACAAAUACCAUUCCUGCCUUAUAAAUUUGCUACCAUAACCUCUCAUGAUGGAAGCCUCUGACCAAUAACAGGUCCGUUUCCUGUGAAACUAGGCAGUAACCUUGCUGUAGCUUUUACAGCUGGUUGAGGACUUGUUAUUCUCUUUGUGGUAGAAAAACUGUUGUGGACUUAUUUUUAAUUUUGACUGAAUUACUUGUCGGUAUGACUUUUAUAUUAUUUAUUCUGUAGUCCUUUGUGACCUACAGAAUUCCUCCCAUUGUAUUUGUCCUUUUGCAUUGUAGCCUGCAUGUAGCCUGCUGGUUCCUGGUUCUAAUAACAGCUCAGCACUCAGCACUGGCUGUUCUGUAAACUAGAGGCAGAAUGAUUGGUGCUGCGUCACACACACCUUCAAACACACAAUGUCAGACAUCUUGUCCUUGUGUACUCCCAAUGCAGGAUAUGUAGAUACAUUUUAUGCCUUUUUCACUGAGCCAUGUUUCAUUCGCAGGUACUUCAUGGACGACUUCUUCAGGCUCUCCCUUUCUCCUUCGGUUCGCUGCGGUUUGCCAGCUCCUUCAAGGUAAAGAAAACCCAAACAGUUUAUACUUCAGCAGGUGAGGCCUGUGUCAUUUCCAUGUAGCCCUGGCCUGCCUGAUCAAGGUGUCAGUUACUACUGUAAGAGACUGUAAUUUCAUCUUUGUACUGCUUCCAGUUGCCUCAGAUUAAACGUGUUAUUCUCCCUUCUGUCUUUCUCCCCUGUUUUUCUGUAAUUAUUAAAUCCAAUUAAAUUAAUUAAUUGUCUAAUUAGCUGAACAAGUUUCAGCUGACUCAUAUAACACUGGACUAAUUGUCUUUUUGAAGCAUGCCCUACCAAUAACCAGGAUGUGAAAUCAAUUACUGCAAAUCGUCCCCUGCUCUGCUCUUCUUCCCUCUCCACUUCUCUUUCCACGGCCACCUCCCUGUUAGGCCACAGAUCUCAUAAUCGAACGCAACCCAGCAUGCAAACCCAAGCCAGAGCCCUCCAGCCUGGUGUUCGGAAAACAGUUCUCUGACCACAUGUUGACCAUCACCUGGUCGGAGAAAGAGGGCUGGGACACUCCUCAGAUUAAACCUUUCCAGAACCUGUCUCUGCACCCGGCCAGCUCUGCUCUGCAUUACUCAAUAGAGGUGAGGGGAGGGUUUAAAAAGAGAACUGAGUUACUUUGGAUGUCCUCUCUGAUUGGUUCCAUCCUUUCGUCAUGAAAUUAAGAAGGAAUGAUCUAAAGAAACAGUCAAAAAGUUGUGUGAUUGAAAAGCCCCUUGCAGCUGGGGGCUGCAGGAAGUUUCGACUGACUUUAAGAAGGAUAGGCUCUGUAACUUCUUUACUCAAAAUUCAUGACGAUAAUGUUGUGAUUUGCCACCCUCUUGUCCAAACAAGGUCUCCUCCAACUCCAAAAAAGAUGAUUACAGGCAAAACUCAAAUUUUAAGGCUUCCAAACAGUAGUCAUCACAGCACAGGGGGCUGAUACAUUAUCAUCAUCUCCAUACAGUUUGUAGGAGAAAGCUCACAACUUGAAACAUCCAGGAAUUUCAUGCUUUUGUUUGUAUUCUCUGCAGCUGUUUGAGGGCAUGAAGGCUUUCCGAGGGGUCGACAACCACAUCCGCCUGUUCAGACCCAUGCUGAACAUGGAGAGGAUGCAUCGAAGUGCAGACCGAAGCUGUCUUCCUGUAAGUUAUCCCUUUUCACUUCUAAAGAGAAGUCACUGCUUUGAUUGCUUUUGAGAGUUUAAAACACGGUCUCAUGAUUGAGGUUUCUCACAUUUGCCAUAUUUUAUCAGUCACUGCUUUUGUUUUCAUGGAAAAAAAAGUGUUGUAGAUCCUCAGAAAAGUUACAUAGUUGCCUCUAGUCAACAGAAGAGGGAUACUAAUGGGAGUUGGACUGCUAUUGUUUCAUUAUGUGAUAUUUUUUUGAGAGUAUCUUAUAAACAGAUGAUAAAAAUAAACAUGGAUCAUCCACUUGAUGAUAAAGUCACUUGUCAUAGCUAGUUUUGCCUCUGGCUUGUUAAAAGUAGCCGACAUAAAACAAACAAACUUUAUUUUCCCCUCAUAGAUGUGAGGAUGAGUAAUAACAUUGAUAAUAAUCAAAACUUAAUUUUUACAGCACCCCUUGAUAAAUGAAGCAGCAAAGUCUGAGCAAUAGAGCAUGUUUACUGGUGUAUUACAGCCAUGUGCAGCCGCUGCUUUCUACUUGAGCUCCGUAUGGUGUAACGUAUAGAGUCUAUUUGCUUCACUCUGAAUGAAAGAAUGCAGCUUGUUUGUGUUUAUUUAUAGCGUUAUUACCAUAGACUGUAUAAAGAAUGGACAGAGUCUGCCUCCUCUCUGGGUGAAGCCACUCCAAGAACAGCACCCUCUGUUGAUGGGCUGCAGUAUAGGUCAUAAGUACCGCCUCCGCCAGCAAAGCUUAUGGGGCUGUGGACAAACUUUAGAAAUUUAUUACACAGAACAUGAAUUUUUUGCCUAUACAGGCGGUAGGCGGAACUAAGUUGUCCAUAGUAUAUACAGUCUAUGGUUUUUAUUCUUUGGGUUAUGGUAUACUCAUGCAGCUUCACGUAACAGGGUGUGUAGCAUCCUGGUGAUUUACUGCUGUUGUGAUUAACUUUUUACACGUUUGCAAUCUAGUGUCAGCCAUUGUUCAGUAAAAGUAAUCCCAUCUGCAGCUGUAGGCCUAUAUUUAAACCCUGUACACUCACUGGUAGCAUACCUAAGCUAAUACAGACAAAAGCUGAUUGUAUGGCCUCAAACUUCCUUUGAAUUCCUCAGAUUCUUUAAGAAAGCCGGGUUGAGCUGGUGACGUUGCAGCCCUGAAGCUGUAAGCCCCUCUGCUAUGUUAUAUAAUGGUUUGGCAACACGCCUGGUUCUGCUUCAGUUUAGCCGUCCCGACCAACCACUCAAUACUUGAUCAGGAGUUCAGGAGGCAGUGGAAACUGAGAAUACAGGUCAAUGUCUUUGUUUUGGUCCUUGUUCUCUCAUAUUCAGAGAUGAUUGAUUAAAGAAGAGUCUUAAGCAGUUCUAUAUUUCCUUCUAUAUCGUAAACUUAGCACAUGUAAUGGAAAAAACACCACCUUCCCCUUUGGUGUUAUACAAUACAAUACAGUAAUACAAUACAAGAACUUUAUUGAUCCCAAGAGGGAGAUUAUUUUGUCUGGAAUCUCAUCUCAUCUACUAUUUAUAGAAGAAUUAAACAGUCUGAUGGCUGUGGGCACAGAAGAUCUUUGAAAUCUCUCAGUUGUGCAGCAAAGAGAGAGACCAUUGUAUCACCGCUGUUGUUAUUUUGGUCCAUAGAGGUGUUAUGAAGUGGAUGAUUAAUGUUUUUUAGAAGGCCUCUACCUUGCUCAGUGUGCAUCUCUCCACCACAUCCUAGCAACAGUAUCAUAGAGAACAUCACACAGAACUUCAGCUGUUGCCUUAGGUGGGAUGUGAACAAGUAUAUUGGUAUGAUAUGACUGAACUCUCUUGGAACAUAAUAUGGGUGGAGCAGCUGCCAACAGUUCAAUAUCUGGACAACAGAACUUCUCCUUGACAGUUAUGUGUGAAGAGUUACACCAUCUCUUGUUAACAAAUAGAGCCAGACCUCAAUUCUUUCGUCUUGCCACUAGCUUUAGCUAGGAGGAAAGGUGAGUUUAUCUAAAGUGUUUUUUUUUUCUAUAUAGUUGUUUGAUAAAGGUGAACUGCUGGAAUGCAUUAGGAAGCUGGUGGAGAUUGACCAGGACUGGGUUCCUUACUCACUGGAUGCCAGUCUUUACAUCAGACCCACCUUCAUAGGAACUGAGGUCAGUGUUUUGAUAAAUAAAUGAAAUUCUCUCUGUGUCAUGAGGCUGCCACAUUGUGUGGUGAGCUGAGGUAAUUAAACAAGUGAAUCCCUGUCCCUCUGCUCUAAUUACCUGUCUUCACUCCUCCAGCCAUCCCUUGGAGUAUCUCGGACAGGAACAGCUAUGAUCUUUGUAAUCAUUGGACCCGUGGGACCUUACUUCGCCACUGGCUCCUUUAACCCUGUGUCUCUGCUGGCUGACCCGUCAUUCGUCAGAGCUUGGAAAGGAGGCGUAGGGGCCUACAAGAUGGGAGGGUGAGUUAAAUCCACAUCUAAACUCUUUAUUUGACAGAACAGGUCUGGACUGCACAUUAAGUUUCAACACAAGCUACCUGUGCUCUUGAAUGCUCAGAGUAGAAACCCACUCCAUUUCACUCUCACACCAAUAUGGCCCCCAUGACCCAGUCAUGAAGAUCGAUGGGGACAGAUGGGCUGCUUUAUCAAGUGGCACGUCCCUCCCCUUUUUCAUCCAGUUAAGCCUGUGACACCUUAGGCAAACUCACCAGUCAUCUUGGGCCUCCUGUGAUCACCCUUUUCACGGUGGCUCUUACUUCCUUUCACACCCACACCUGAAAAAAAUGCAAAGAAAAGAGGAAAACCGGAGAGAGAAAAGGCUGUUGUGAGAAAAGGUGAGGCAGAAACAGGAUGAGAAGUUUGUUUGGGCAGGAGUUUACCCCCCUGCCGGGUUAGGCUGUAAACUAUAAGACCCUCUACAAAGAGGGAAGGGGGGUUGGGGGCUUUAGAAAGAGCCAGAGUGGGGAGGCUGUUUGGGACAGAGCUCCCUCUUGCUGGGUUUGGCUGGAUGUUAUUCCUCUGCCUGAGAGAGAACAAAGAUCCAGAUCCAGGUUUGACUGUUGCCAAAUCUGCACAAAGAUGCUUUCAAAGGCUGAUGUGCACCACCAGAUCAGCUGUCGUGUAAACCUGCAGACCGUAAUACUUUGUAACGCCCCUUUUUCAUACAAAAUACCUCUGGUUGAAAAAGUAUCCCCCCAAAUCCACCUUUUUACACCGUCCUCCUCCUCACAUAGAGUCAACGGCAGCGCUUUUUUUCUCAUUAGAUCCUGAUUUAGGAACCUGCCGUCUCCUACUUUCAGCCCCUACUGCUAAGAGGAGUGUUUUCUGGUGUCACAGGCUUCUCUAUUUUACCAAAUAAUUAGAGAAAGGUUCAAAGUUGGUUUGGUAAAAUGUGGAGAGCUUUGGGCAUUUUCCCAAAGCGUAUGCAGCAAGGUGGAUGGAGCCUGCAGUGAUCACCUGUGGCAUCUACGCCUGCUGUAAUCUUGAAAGCCUUUUGGACAAAUGCAGGCAGUGUUUAUGAUUUUGAGUUGAGUAACAGGAUGUCUAAGAGGAGGUUUCAUUUUUAAACACUUGUUGUGAGAGCAAAGUUUCUGGUGAGCUGUGGGCAGCCGUGGACCUGGACAGAGAGCAACUAUGUGGAUUUUCCCCUUUGCUGAUGAAGCCUUGAGCGGCAGCCACAGAGCUGGCUGGUGUUAGGCUGGAGCCGUGCCAAGACCUGAUACAGAACCCAGUUUUAGACAGCAGUCCUGACAUGUCAUGGCAGGAAAAGUAAACAAGACUUUUUUUCAUUAGAGACAGCAAAUAUACCCCUCAGAGGAAAGGUGUCUGGAGGGCUUGAUACUGGGAUGCCUUGAGGGAUUGUGGGUAAAGUAGUAUUUGUUCUGAAGCUGGGAAUAAUUUAAAUCACUGAUAUGACCAGUUUGACUUGUUAAACAAAGUUGAACACAUGCAGCAGAGCCAUUAUUCAGGAUGUUUUACCUUUUAAUAUUACUGCUCAAAGUAAUGAAGACAGACAGCAACGCUGCGGUUGUGGUCAGUUUAUUUUCCCCCUUCUUUUAGGCAGUACAAAGGUUAUUAAUCCCUCCAGCUUAUAAUGUCUACGCUCCAGUAAAUCUCUAGCCUCUAAUCACUAGCCUGCCUCAGUACUAGUCUGGUUUUAUGAAGUAAGGACCUGCUCAACUGCAUGUCAUUAUAUAACAUGGCUGAAUGCCCUGACAUGUAAGCCAGCAAAAUCUGCUCUGAUACCAUCAGACAUCAAGUUAACGCUCCAGCUAUCCAGCCUGAUUUAGCUCCAACAGCAGGUCACGAGACUGAGGAGUGGAUGUUGCAGCCUGUGUGUGUGUGUGUGUGUGUGUGUGUGUGUGUGUGUGUGUGUGUGUGUGUGUGUGUGUGUGUGUGUGUGUGUGUGUGUGUGUUUAAUGUAAUCAUGUUUAUUAUAUGUGUAUUUAAGUGUUCUGAUAUGAAGCCUGUUUGGCUGUUUUGUUUUCUGUUUCUUUAUUGUGGCUGAUAGAUUUUGAACAGUUUAAUGAUAUUAAGUGCUCUGCUUGGUUCAUUGGCAGUUUCCUUUUGUCAACCAGCAGUUUUAAAAUUUAUAAACAGAUCAAAGUGGCUCUGAAAACAAAUGACCCUGAAGACAAAGAAAGAAAGGGUGUCACUUCACAGUGAAGCUUCCUAAAAACGAGCCUAUGAGUCCGUUGGUUUUGACUAAACUCACUAGAGGGACACUAAGUAAUUAUUUGACAUCUUUGUUAUUUUUAAAGUUACUGCUGACAGACACUCAAACACAAAGUAAACAGUUUUUCAAAGUGACAGUAAUACACCUUCCACUAUCACUGUCAAACUCAACUACGCUCUCUGGUGGACAGAUUAAGCCAUGUUUUUCCAUUGCCAAAUGAUCCAACCAUACCUCUUUGCAGUUUUCUUCUUCAUUUCUCAGUCUACAUGAUUUCGCUGAUUGCUGAAGAUAUUUUCUGUUUUAUCACUUGUUUACACCAACUGAAGUUCUGUCGGGAAGAUCACAGUUUGAUUGUUUAUUACAAACGUAUAAACUUGGAGGCUAACAUGUUGAGUUAUCUCCUAGGGGUGAUAUUUUAAUAUGAUAUUUUCGUGAUACUUGUGUCAGGAGACAAUAUUAUUGUGUUUUUUAACAUUUUGCAAUACAGUGAGUAUUGCGAUACAAUAUAUUGCGAUUUAUCCAAAUUUUUCCACUGAGUAGCUAAUUUAGCAUUUCGCUUUCUCACCCCUAUUAUCUCCUGUCUGUGGUUUUCUCACAGUAACUAUGGUCCUACGAUAGCUGUACAGAACGAGGCAGUAAAGCAAGGCUGUCAGCAGGUGCUGUGGCUGUAUGGAGAACAAGAGGAGAUCACAGAGGUGGGCACCAUGAACCUCUUCAUUUACUGGACCAAUAAGAACGGAGGUGAGAGUCCACCUGAAACAAGUUAAAUCAUGGCAUUUUGUUGUUUUCUGGUCAUGUUUAAUAUCAGGUUUGGUUUUGUUUUUUUAACUAUGAGUCAAACAUGUGUCCACAGAGAGAGAGUUGGUGACCCCUCCUCUGGAUGGCAUCAUUCUCCCAGGAGUCACCAGACAGUCUCUGCUAGACCUGGCUAGAGACUGGGUAAGACAACCAAAAGGGACACCAAACACCAGUUCCCUUUCAGUCGAUUCACUCGGUACAACACAUAUAGUAUGGGAUAUCACGCCCUCGCGUGGCCUGACUGAAGACACCUUUAUUCACGCCUUUAAGGCAGAUGAUCUGUGGUGACGUCUGGGAGGCUCCGCCUGUACAUAUAUACGUGUAACACCACAGUCAUCCUUCAGUUCUUACGCUCUUCACCUCGCUGAGAACACCUACACCGAGUCGAGCUAACUAGCUGCUGCUAGCUCAGCCUGGUCUUGUCUGUGGCUAUUGCCUGAUCGUUUUUAGCUUAACUGCCCCUGUUGGUGUUAGCCUACGGCUACCCGCGGAGCGCUAAUUUCAUUCAGCUUCUGCGUCUUGUUAUGAGCGCUGAGCCCAUGAAAGCGAAGGCGAAGUCUUCUGUUCGCCCCUGUCCUCGGGGGUGCGGCUUCUCCCUUCACGAGAAGGAUCUCCAUGAGGCUUGUCCCGUUUGCCUGGGUAUUGUCCACGCCAGGAGGGCGUUGACUGAGCCCGAGUCGUGUGAGUCCUGUCACCGGCUUCGGAGCUCAACCAUGGGAAGGCGGGUCAAGUUUGUGGAGAAAAUUCUAGGAAAAUCCGCUGUUGCGAUGCACGAUCCCCUCCUCUCCGAGUCCAGAGACCCGGCUUCGUCCGAGUCCGGUGGUGAGGACUUUCUGGUCGAAGGCUCAGUUGGAAACUGGGCAGACCAUGUGGAGUGUGCUUACGGGUCAGCUGGAUUUGAGCCGGGCCCGACCGAGGGCGCUGGCCAGCCGCUAUCCGGGCUAGCUUGUUACCAGGAGGACGAUGACGUGCUGGACAUCGGCCUGGACGUGCAAGGUUUUUCAGAGGAUGAGCAGGAGCCGUUGUCUUUGGGUCAGUAUGCCGCCGCUGCUGCGCCGGUUGAUCUGGACGACACAUCCCUCCUCUCACUGUACCGCCGUGCAGCUGAGAAACUGGAAGUAGGAUGGCCCUCUCCUCCACCGGCUCAAAAACCGUCGCGGUUCUCGGGGUUUUUUCUCCCACCCGAACCGACGACUGUUAAGAACAGUUUGCCCAUGUUCCCGGAUUUUGUCGCGGAACUAACCUCGACAUGGGACAAGCCGCUGUCCACCCGCGCCACAGUGCCCGGUUGUGGACAGUUUCUGGACCUGGAUGGAGCUGAAAAAGCUGGAUUGGUGAACCCUCCGCCUAUGGAGGCGUCCCUGGCAGUUUAUCUGGCCCCGGCCCAGAAUCAUGGUGUCGGUAGCCCCAUCACGCUCCCAUCCAAGCACUGCAGGUUUUCAGCGUCACAGCUGGAUAAAAUUUACAGGACACAGGCAAAUACGGCUCGUGCACUGAGCUCCGUCACCAUGCUUCAGACAUAUCAAGCUAUGUGUCUGGCGGAACUCGGCUCGCGUAUGCCUCCUGACAGUCCGCUUUCUCCUCUCCUCGAUGAAGCGAGGGUCGCCACAGAUUAUAUCCUCCGUGUGUCCCGCUGUGCAGCGCUCUCUCUCGGUAGAGGCAUGGCUUCCACGGUGGUGGCGCAGAGGCACCUGUGGCUGACUCUCUCCGACGUUCCGGAGAGGGACAGAGCGGUUUAUCUCGACGAGCCUGUGUCGGCCAGCGGUUUGUUUGGGCAGUCCCUCGACGACAUUCAGGCUAAGUUUGAGCUGAGGAAAAAACAAACCGAAGCUUUGAGCAGCAUCAUCCCCAGGCGUGAUGCGAGGCCCAAACAACAGGGUUAUCCGCACAAACCGACAGAGACGCUGCCGCCCUUCAUUUUUUGCCGCCGAAGAGGCCGCGUUUAAUGUUUGUUCAGGGGUCCGGUCCCGAGAGGCGCUGCACUCCCUUAACACAGUUUUCCCAAGCACAAUCCUCCCUCACACACAUGCCCCAGUAAUGGCGCCUGUUGUUCACUGAGUGAAUGUUACAAAUGUGCGUUCGUUGAAUCAAAUAAAGGUUCCGUUUUGUUCUCAAAACAUCAUAAAUCAAUCAAGUCUGGGCGGGAAAGUAUUGCUGUUCCCAGCCGGCACGCUAGAGGGCGACAACCCCUCCCCCACAGUACUGGAGGUCAGUCGACUGACUGUUCGUCUCCCUCGGUGGUGCGCAUGCGCAGUCUCACCGUGGGUAGGGAGAACGGUUGCCAUGGGCUACCGUUUACAGCAGUGCUGAGGGAAGAAAUAAACAACUUGUUGAACAAGAGAGCGAUACGAGUUGUUCCCGCUUCCGAAACGAACAAGGUUGGUACAGCCGCUAUUUCGUUGUUCCGAAAAAAGGAGGAGGGCUCCGUCCUAUCCUUGACUUGCGAGUGUUAAACAAAUACCUACGAACUUACAGGUGCAAGAUGCCAACACUCAGACAGCUACUGGGCGAAAUCAGACCGGGAGAUUGGUUUACAACUAUCGAUCUGACAGAUGCUUACUUUCACGUAGCGAUUCAUCCGGACCACAGGCACUUUCUAAGGUUUGCAUUCGAGGGCUUAGCCUACGAAUACCUGGUGCUGCCGUUCGGCUUAUCACUCGCCCCCGAACAUUCACCAAAUGUGUCGAGGCGGCAUUGGCUCCACUAAGGGAGAAAGGUGUGCGCAUCUAAGCCUAUCUGGACGACUGGGUGCUAAUCGCGAGCUCCAGAGAGCAAGCAGCGGCUCAGCUGUCAUUGACCCUAUCGCACAUCCAAACACUGGGCUUUUCAGUAAAUUUACAGAAAAGUUCACUGACUCCGAGUCAACAGGUAUCAUUUCUCGGGCUGGAAAUAUGCUCCGUUUCAAGCCGAGCGUGUCUGUCAGAACGCAGGGUGGCUGCGUUUCACCGCUGCCUUUCACAAUUUCAGUUGGGACGCAAACUGUGUUUCCGGACGAUUUUACAGCUGACAGGCAUGAUGGCAUCUAUGAUCGCUGUAGUGCCGCUCGGACUGUUAAAAAUGAGAGCGUUUCAACGCUGGACUCAGUCUCACCGGCUGUGCGCGCAGCGUCACCUCCAGAGGAGGCUGACGAUAACUCCGUCUUGCAUGUCGGCUCUUCUCCCGUGGAGAGAACCCGGUUUUCUACAACGGGGAUCUCCGAUAGGGAGUGUGUCUUUUCGCAAGGUGGUGUCCACAGACGCAUCCCUGAGGGGUCGGGGGCUCUGUGCGAGGGCGCAGCAGUGAGAGGUGUGUGGACGCCAGCAUAAUGCAAGCUCCACAUCAAUUACCUGGAGCUAUUAGCUAUCCUAUUAGCUCUGAGGCAUUUUCGUCCGGUUCUGACGGGCCAUCAGGUUCUGAUCGGGACGGAAAACAAAACCAUGGUUUCCUACAUAAACAAACAGGGAGGGACAUGCUCUCUUCCCCUGUUAAAACUGUCUCACUCUCUGUUGCUAUGGUGCAGUGUUCAUUUUCUGUCACUCAGAGCCACACAUAUUCCGGGUCACUUAAACCUUGGGCCAGACCUUCUCUCCAUCGUCUUGUGAGAGAGUAGAGAUUGCAUGUCAGGACCGAAAUGUACUCCCAUUUCAAAGUUCUAUUGUGGAUGUUUUAACAUUCCUUCAGGAGCGGCUGGAUAGGGGUCUCUAUUUCUCAACAAUUAAAGUCUUUUUGGCAGCUGUAUCUGCAUGCCAUGUUGGCUUUGAUGGUGUGUCGCCAGGCGCUCACCCUCUUACUAUGCACUUCCUAAAGGGAGUCCGCAGGCUGAGACCUGUGCUUAGACCCAGUGUUCCCUCAUGGGAUUUAGGGUUGGUGCUUGGGGCUCUUGGUGGACCUCAUUUGAGACUGUUGAGUCAGCAGACAUGAAAUUUCUUUCAUACAAAACUGCACUGCUACUUGCUUUGGCGAGUGGGUGACCUUCAUGCUUUGUGCAUCCCUUUUGUAUCCAGUUCACUCUGGAUGGAUCUAAGGUUACAUUGCGCCCAAAUGCAGCGUAUUUGCCUAAGAUUAUCCCCACAGCCUAUAGCUCUAUGAGUUUUGAACUACUGAGCUUCUGCCGUCCUCCAUUUGCAUCUGAGGAGCAGAGGAGGUUGCAUUCCUUGUGCCCUGUGCGUGCACUACGUACUGACAUAGACCACACUCAGAGUGUGCGUUUAUGUUACCAGUUGUUAGCUUGUUUUGCUAAUCCAGCCUAAGGCAGGGCACUGUCUAAAAAGCAGCUUUCCCGCUGGAUUGUGGAGGCUAUCUCCUUAGCAUACGGCAGCAGGGGUCUUCCGUUGCCCCAAGGUGUGAGGGCACAUUCAACCAGGGGAAUGGCAGCCUCAUAGGCCUUGUUUAACCCUUUCAUGCAUGAAUUAUGAUAUAUUGAGUUAAAAAAUUCUUACUAUGUGUUUUUAUUCAAUAUAAGGCAUAUAAAUAAUAUUGCAGUUGGAAUUUUUUUUUUUACCUGUUUCUGCUAAGUUUUUAGUGACAUGUCCACUAAAGCGGACAACAUGCAUUUGGACGACAUUACAGAAAAUGAAUUGUAUUAAUACAAAUAAUAGAACCCCACCCCAAAAAGGAGUCAAAACAAUUAGAUUCACAUUUUAAAACAUUUAAAUUCUGUUUAAAUGCACAUUUCAAAACAUGGCUUGUGUCAAACAACAGCAACAACAACUGUCAACUGUGUCAAACGAACUGAAACCAUGAGCCUAAUUAGGCUUCAGGCUAGGUGCUACAACUUCAGCCAGCACACUCAAAGCAAAAACAAAUGCCAUAGAUUGGAUCAUUCAUGAAAAUAAUAAUUACAAUAAUAAAAGAAAUAGUGCCUUAGUGACUAUCCAAACACAUUCAGUUGUCGAUGCCCUGUACUACAUUAGUUCACAUUUGAAAAGAAGGCACACAGUGAUAUUGCAUCGCUGGACGAUGGCAGUUCCUCUACAUUUCUGUACUUCCUCUGGUCCCUCUCUGUGCGUGAACCUUGCAUAUAAUAAAUAACAUAAUGUGAAAAAUAUUGCACAACCAAUCAAUCUUUCUUUCUAUUUAUCUUAUAUAUGUAUAUAUAUUUUUUCCAUUGUUUUUAUAAUAUUUUGUGCAUGCACUGUUAGUAGUGUGUGUGUGUGUGUGUGUGUGUGUGUGUGUGUGUGUGUGUGUGUGUGUGUGUGUGUGUGUUACAAUGCGUGCACAAAAUAUAUUUUUGCAAAAAAUGUUUUAUAAACAUUGCAAAACUUGCACAAAGGCUGCACAAAAUACAAUAUAUACUAUGCAUGCACAAAAUAUAAAAUACAUGCACAACAUUAAUUUUUUGAUACAUACAAUACAGGUUACCUUUUAAUAACAUAAAAUGGUUGGUUUUAACUGAAAAGGUAAGCUUGAAAUCAAGCAUUUUGCAGAGAUAAGGAGUUACACCAUUUGCAUGUAUUGUAGUAGAAAUAGUAUAAGUCAUGCAUGCUGUCCACCGUAGUGGACAAAUGGAAAAUUCCAAUUUCCUCAGAACAUAAAAGCAAUGCAUGGAAUUUUUUGCAACUAUAGUAAUUAUUAGAUGUUACUUUAUCCCAAAAUAUUUUUUUUACCUGCAGGGCUCUGCUUUUAUAAAAGGAAGCAGUGGAAAUCCCAGAGGUGGAGGGUCUGUUCUCAGCAGAGGCAGCCAUCUUGAAUGUUGACGUGUUUUUUCUGCAGUUGCAACACAUGGCCACAUGGCACCAGUGUUUGACUCAUUUUCCAGGGUCUACUGUAGUGGUUAACAUGCAUUUGUAACAUCAAACCUCUAUUUUUAUAAUAGAAAAUGACCUUUGAAGAUUUGUCCACUGUAGUGACCGUUAUACGUGAAAGGGUUAAAGGGGUUUCUGUGAGUGAUAUCUGCACUGCAGCCAGUUGAUCAUCACCGCACAGUUUUUGUUCGGUUUUAUUGUUUGGAUGGGACAGCCCCUUCAGUGGCUCACUCUGUCCUUUCUGCUGGGUCUACAGUGCACUAAAGUUUUGGAGGUUUGACUUCGGUUCGGUGGCUGCUCUGUGGGGCGUAUAUAUAUGUCCCAUACUAUAUGUGUUGUACCGAGUGAAUCGACUGAAAGGGAACGAAAUGUUAUGAAUAUAACUUCUGUUCCCUGAAGGAGAGGAACGAGGUACAACAUUAGGUUGCCCCACUGCGCAGCUAGGCUCGGUGAAGAGCGGCUAUCGAACUGAAGGAUGACUGUGGUGUUACACGUAUAUAUGUGCAGGCGGAGCCUCCCAGACGUCACCACAGAUCAUCUGCCUUAAAGGCGUGAAUAAAGGUGUCUUCAGUCAGGCCACGCGAGGGCGUGAUAUCCCAUACUAUAUGUGUUGUACCUCGUUCCUCUCCUUCAGGGAACAGAAGUUAUAUUCAUAACAUUUCGUUUUCAAACAUCAGAGGAAAGCAAUCAUAGGGGGAAAUAAUCUUCAUUUCAUGGCAUUACAAGCCUAGAAUGACAGUCUUCAUUGUUUUCUGUGUCUGUCAGGGAGAAUUUAAGGUGACUGAGCGCACAAUGGAGAUGAAGGAGCUACUCGGGGCUCUGGACGCAGGGCAGGUCUUGGAGGUGUUCGGAGCAGGGACUGCAUGCGUUGUCUGUCCUGUCGGCAGCCUCCUCUACAAAGGAAAGGUACGAGUGUAGCUUUUGAGGGAUUGAAGGUCAGCCUAGGGAGCUGUGUGAGCUAAAGGAUUAAAAAUAAGUUGUGUUUUUCUGUCAGACAUACCAGAUUCCCACCAUGAAGAACGGCCCUGACCUGGCAAAGAGGUUCUACAAAGAGCUUACUGAUAUUCAGGUGAGUGUAUUCAGGUUUAUGUGGCUCUUGUAAUCUGGGUGACCCUUCAAAAACACUUCUUUAAGAUACUGCUGACAGACCUGGUGCCUCCAAGUGGCACAAAAGGAACUGCAACAGCUGUAUCAGUCAGUGAUUUUGACCUAUGUGCAUCCAAAAGUCAUCAUGAUGAGUAAGAUGAAAUUUCACAUUUCAGUGACCAUAUAAUGAUGACUCUUGUGGCUCUGUAUAAGUAUCAGACCUUUUAUUUUUAGCAGUUUCAGCUUCUUCUUAUAACAUAGCCAAUUACUGGGGCCACAUUAUGGAAGAAAACCUUGAGAUUUUGAGAAUAGACAUAAAUUUACAGAAAAGAAUCUGUUGAUGUACCCCUUGAGAGACGGUUAUACCAUGAGAAUAAAACUGCUCUGUCCUCUGCUGUCCUCCUGUUACUGUACAAAUGCAUCAGAUAAUAUUAGAGUAUCCUAAAAUAGUCUAGUUCAUCAGUUAAAGCUCCUGUAAGGAACUUCUGAAAUCUGUCAAGUUUGGCCCACGGGCUGUCCCAAAGUGCUCAAGUGGCAUCCUCUGACAAAAAAACCUCAUCCUGCUGGUUUUUAAGAGUCAAAUGUUUAUUGUGAAGAUUGAUGUGGAAACUGUUUCUUCAGCUGCUGAGCUGACACCUCCCCCCUAAAACAGUUUUUUAGGAUGCUAUAAUUACAAAGUAAAAAUGGACAGUCACUGAUUGUUGCAGUUUAUUAUUAAAAGACAUAAGUGUGACUUUCAAAAACUCCUCAUUGGAGUUUUAAGAAGUGAAAAUUUAACAUAUUCCAGACUCGUGGCAUGUAAAAUAAAGUUUCAAGCUUUUUUAAAUUAAUUUUAAUAACUGUGGACUAAAGCUAAUUUUAGCUUUACUUUCUAACAAAGUUAUGAAUUUGAGAUGCAUCAGUAGCUUUAACACAUCUUGUGUUUGAUGUCUUUCUCCUAAAACCACAGCUUUAUUCUCAUGAUAUUGCCUUUUUUGUCUCAGUAAUUCUUUUUCCACUCCACAAUGUGGGCACCCGCGAUAAUGUUAACUUAACAUGAAGUUUUAAUACAAAACUUCUCUUUUUGCAACUGUUGCUUCAACAUGUACAAAAGCGGCAAAUUUAACAUUUUGUGCUUCUAUUUUUUCUCCUUGUCCUCUCUUUCCAUUCUGGUCCUUUACACCAGUAUGGACGCAAGGCCAGUCAGUGGGCACCACUGGUUGUUUAAAUGGCCACAUUGCACAUGCCAGUUUUAUCAGCAGAUAGUCCCGUAAUUCCACAACAACAACCAGCAGCCCUCCUGCCCCCUCACCUCCUCCCAUCCUCCUCCUCUCUCAAAACACUAAUGCACUCCUGCCCAGCUUACUUACCAGCCGAGGAGCUGACGCCUCUCUCUCCAACACAUGGAAGAUGGUUGGUGGUUAACAGCUUGCUUUGGUAAAGCAAUAUUAAGUGUGCAAUGUGUUAACUUGCGUACGGCAGAACAGGAAAACAGCUGUCAGCUUGGUGCAAACACUGAUCAGAGAUGUGAUGUUCUUGGCAGCAAAAACCACUAGACUAACACAAGUGCAUUCAGUGCUUUAAGCUACAAGCACAAACCUUUCAUUCUAGCAUUAACUGAAAAGGCACAAACUGAUGUGUGUUAGAAAUAGGAAGGGAAUCUUUUCAGCUGUAUGAAAGUGCAUAUCUCGACCGAGGACUUGAUUAACUACGAUCUGUUAGGUACUGUUUCUCUGUAAUAAAUGUUACAAUGGUUUUACAGCAAACAAUGUAUUAACAACCAUAACCUGUAUUACUUGCAACAACUUGUGGUCAUUUCUUUAAAGCCUUUUAACUGUUAUGUGCAAGUAGGACCUGUUACUGCAUCAUAGGACGUGAUUUUUUUAACGCUGUGUACAUAAUGAUGUGAUAGUACUGCCGUAGUUACGUGGGGCCAUGUCACUUUGACACCAGACUUUGCACUGACUUUGAUCAAUGUCAGUUAUGUUUCUGAAACGUGAGCGGUUUCUAUGCGUUAUUGGGUUUUGUUUGUGCCGACUUUGACUGCACAAAAAGGAAAGAUUUAGAUAAGACGGCAGGGUCUAAGUGAACCUGAACAUGCACAAAUGGUAGCCUCUACGCUGUACAAGAGAAAGACUGUUAGAUGCUGGCAGUUGCUCCUGCACUAGUUUGAGUGUAAUCAUCAUGAAAACAUUGUAUAGUAACAAAAAUAUUGUUAUUUUAGAAUCUUAAAUUAUAUAUUUUUGUCCUUUUUAUGCUGUGAAAAUUUGGCCGUCUUCCAAAGUACUUGACUGUAUCACAGGUGUUUUUUUUCUCUGUAUUCUCUGCGAGAUGUGCUUCCUUUGCUGGUUUUCCAUUCUUUGAAUGUAAUGUUGUUUGUACACACACACACACACACACACACACACACACACCAUAGGACUGUCCUUCUCUGUCUAAGUGCCUGACCUCAGUUUGUUUGCUGUUUCAUCUGUGGAUCUCACUGUUGCUGCUGUUUUUGUUUUCAGUUUGAGCACUAUGGGAUGUAGCUGGAUUCUUUGAGUAAUGUCAGUUUAGUUCUGUUUCUUUUUUAUGUGCUGUUACUUUUAUCCUGCUUUGACAUUUUUACAAUAAACCUUAUUUGACUUUAGUCUCA